CGCAUUAAUCGUUUGGUGUUCGAUCGUGCAUUGUGUGUGGUUGAUAGCAGUAGCUCCAUUACUUGCUUGAACUAUCAGCUACCCAAUUUUUACGAGGACAUAAAACACUUCUUCAGACUUCAAAAUGCGUGAAUGUAUCUCAAUCCACGUUGGCCAGGCUGGAGUCCAAAUUGGUAAUGCCUGCUGGGAGUUAUAUUGUCUGGAGCAUGGCAUCCAGCCCGAUGGCCAAAUGCCAUCAGAUAAAACUAUUGGUGGAGGUGACGACAGUUUCAAUACUUUCUUUAGUGAAACUGGUGCUGGAAAACAUGUUCCUAGAGCUGUUUUCAUCGACUUGGAGCCUACAGUAGUCGACGAGGUUCGCACAGGCACCUAUCGUCAACUCUUCCAUCCAGAACAAUUAAUCACGGGCAAAGAGGAUGCUGCAAACAAUUAUGCUCGUGGGCAUUAUACGAUUGGCAAGGAAAUCGUUGAUCUUGUCUUAGACCGCAUUCGUAAGCUUGCAGACCAAUGUACUGGACUCCAAGGUUUCCUCAUCUUCCACUCGUUUGGAGGUGGAACUGGCUCUGGCUUUACAUCGUUGUUGAUGGAACGUCUUUCUGUGGAUUAUGGAAAGAAGUCGAAGUUGGAGUUUGCAAUUUAUCCUGCACCACAAGUUUCAACUGCUGUGGUCGAACCCUACAACUCUAUUCUUACUACCCAUACGACUUUAGAACAUUCCGAUUGUGCAUUUAUGGUCGACAAUGAAGCUAUUUAUGAUAUCUGUCGUCGUAAUUUGGAUAUUGAGAGACCAACGUACACGAACCUGAAUCGAUUGAUUGGUCAAAUCGUUUCUUCGAUCACGGCCUCCCUUCGCUUCGACGGUGCCCUUAACGUUGAUUUGACAGAAUUCCAAACUAACUUAGUACCUUAUCCACGAAUUCACUUCCCUCUAGUAACCUAUGCUCCAGUUAUUUCCGCGGAAAAAGCUUAUCACGAGCAACUCUCUGUUGCGGAAAUCACGAAUGCUUGUUUCGAACCAGCCAAUCAAAUGGUCAAAUGCGACCCUCGUCAUGGAAAGUAUAUGGCUUGCUGCAUGUUGUACAGAGGAGACGUUGUACCAAAGGAUGUUAAUGCAGCAAUCGCAACCAUUAAGACUAAACGUACCAUUCAAUUCGUCGAUUGGUGUCCAACUGGUUUCAAAGUUGGCAUUAACUAUCAACCACCUACUGUUGUACCUGGUGGUGACCUUGCUAAAGUACAACGAGCUGUCUGCAUGUUGUCCAAUACUACUGCUAUUGCAGAGGCUUGGGCCCGACUUGACCAUAAAUUUGAUCUGAUGUACGCAAAGAGAGCAUUCGUACACUGGUACGUCGGUGAAGGUAUGGAAGAGGGUGAAUUUGCUGAAGCACGUGAAGAUCUUGCUGCCCUUGAGAAGGAUUACGAAGAAGUUGGUAUGGAUUCUGCUGAAGGUGAGGGCGAAGGAGCUGAAGAAUACUAAACAAAAUCCCCAUCAUGAUUUUUCAUUGAGAACUAAUAUGAAAUAAAUGUGCGGGUUUACAAGCG